UCGAGCGUUUCCCUUUUUCCCUCUCUGGCAGCGGAAGAGGAGGCCUCCGUCAACCGAUAUCGUUUCAGCGGAGGACAAGAAGGGGAAAUGAGACAGCAGAUAUCCGUCGCCUCCUCGGUCCUGUGAGAUUUUCGAGAGUGGCGGAGAGACGAAAAUGGGAAGGCAGAGGCGAGGACACAUGACGUCACCAUCGGGAACACUAUCGGAUUGAGGCGAGGACCCUUAUCCUGGAGUCAAGUGGUGUGGAGGAAGAGAGCUCUUCCUCCUUGGCCAUUGCUCGGUGCCUUGGCAGGUCUUCUUGAGGGGAGGGGAUUCUUCCUGUUCGUUGGUGUUAGUGUCCGGUGGAAGUUGGUCUCGUCCGGUUCAUCCUUCCUCCGGAUUGUGGGCCUCAUGAUGACCUCGGAAGCUCUUGAUUCAUCCAUCUCCAGGACAAGGGAAGCACCAAGUUCCACCACUACGAAUCUCAUAGUGACGACUGAAGUCAGCCAACCAGAUCACAACCAGGAAGUGGCGUCAAGCUAUCACAAACUCAGUGGACGACUCAACAAUAGUUCCCAAUACAUAUUCCCCAAAAAUCCUCACCACCCCCACUAUCCAGCCUUCGAUUCCUACGCGACGAUCUAUGGGUCAAAUUCUGGUUCUGGUUAUGUGUCCCAAUCGCCUUACAGCCCUCACCAAGCUUAUUCUCAUCCUAUGAUGGCAAAAAGACCCUCGAAUGGAUCCCCAAAGAACGGCAACCUUCCGCAUUCCAAUAUGGCUGCAGCUGCCAUGUUUUCAGACUUCUUUUCCUCUAACUGUUCUUCAACUCCUUCUCCUUCAACUUUUGUCUCUCCUGCUCUAAUCAAUCAAGAUCUUAUUAUGGCUGAGCAUCAGGCCCAAAUUCACCCUUCUUCUGCUGUUGUUCCACCUUCAUCUCACCACCAGCAGUCACAACAUCACCAUUACAAUCUUUGGCACCAUCCUCACCACACUACUGAAGGAGGCUCCAUCAAAUUGGAACCCCAUUCGCCCGAGUAUCUUCAUCACCGCUUUGGCAAUGUGCCUGCCCUCAAACUCACAGAGGGACCCCCUCAAGAAGCGUCUCAACAUGGAACAACGGGGAUUGGAACGGGGGGAGGAGAAGGUGGAGGACUACUUCAUAUGCGAAGUCACCAUUGGACUUCUCGGCUGGAGUCUGACGAAUCGGCCUCGAUAGGGGCCUCGUUUGGGAGCAAGUCAGACCACGAGGAGUCGUCUACCACAACUUCGAGUGAAGGACAUCAUCGAGAAACUCAUUUGAGACGAGACAAUCGUCAUGAACUGUUGCCUCAUUGUUUGCCAACAACGAAGGAACCAAGCAGUGACGUUUUUCAUGGCGAGGAUCCGGAUGAUCCCGAAGCCGAAUCUGGACAGAGCUGUAUGGAUCCAGAUGAUGACAGCCAUGACCACCCUCGGACCCCAACCAUCCCAACUCAAAUAGACACCACUCCGACAGCCGAUCCGAGCAUUGGAUCCAUUUCAGUUGAAGACCAAGACGACAAGAAGGACAAAGAUGAUGAGACAUCUUGGACAUCUCGGGACAAAAAUGCAUUUAUCCAGCCUAACACCCCCUAUUACCAUCGCCGAGGAUCCCUCCAGCUUUGGCAGUUCCUCUUGACUUUGCUCAAUGAUCCUGAGCACAAUCAGACCAUCAUUGUUUGGACUGGACGAGGAUAUGAGUUCAAAUUGAUUGAGCCCGAGGAGGUUGCUCGACGGUGGGGGAUCCAAAAGAACAGACCCGCGAUGAACUAUGACAAAUUGAGUCGCUCCCUUCGGUAUUAUUACGAAAAAGGGAUCAUGCAGAAGGUAGCCGGUGAGCGAUAUGUCUACAAAUUCGUGUGUGAUCCUGAAGCUUUAUUCCAAAUGGCCGUGGCCGAGAAUCAUCGCAAUGCAUUGAAGGUGGAAGUGGCUUCAGUAAAGUCUAGUUCUGGAACCACUGGGGAACGGUCCCACCACCAGUUUACGGACAUGUUGAAUCAAGCCUACACCACCCAUCUCCAAGCUCAACUACAACAAGUGAACUUUCGCAAUGACGACCCUUUGAAACAAACCACCGCUUUCCAUGGGAGCUUCUUGCCUCAGGUUCCAAUUGGAGAGCUCAAGGAUCACAAAUCUGAGUCGGAAUUCAAUAUUGGUUCUCAACAAACUGUUAACUUUCCCGGAUAUUACCCGAGUUCGACGGAGCAUGUUAGCUCGAGUCAAAACCACCACCUUCAGCACCAACACCAUCAGGUUCAACAUCAGGUCCAACCUGGACAUGGCCACGAGGGACAUGAUCUCUCGUCGCGUUACAUGAAUAGUCAAUAUUUGCAGUAUUACCAACAACAUCAGCAGCGAUUUGCCAACCGACACCAAAGCGGAUCCAUGGGGGAGAAAUCUGAAAUUAAUCUCCUAAGUGGAUCCGCAUACUCAAGUCAGGUGGAACGAGGAGGGAAUAACGUCGAGGCCAAAAGGCUUUUCAAUCGCAGCCCCGGGCAAGACCACGAGGAUCCAAAGACCGCCGAGUCCAACAACAACAACAACAACAACAACGACAACAAUAGUAAUAACAACAAUAACAUUGAUGAUCAUGAGAAUGAGGACCCUGAAUUUGGACAUGCCAAAUCUGACCCAAGAACCCACGCUCCGAACAACAAAGGGUAUUUUCUGCCCAAAGUUGACUAUUAACAGGCUAAUUCAGCACGCUGAGAUUACACUAUGGGGUCAUUUUCAGUAACAUUAUUUGACCAUUGUCUGCUAUUUAGAACUAUAGAGAUCACAAAAAAUGUUGAUUAGAUUCCAAGGACUUACAUACCGCUAGAUUAUACUCAUUUCCAUGCAACCGUCAAUUUUUAGUGUUAAUAUACUUGAAUGCUU